AUGGAAAGCGUGGUGGUGUCCGCGUGCUGGCACCCGCUCGGCGCGUGUGCCCCGCAGCGUGAAGAUCGCGCCGGGCGCCGUGGUGUGCGUGGAGAGCGAGAUCCGCGGCGACGUGACCAUCGGGCCGCGCACUGUGAUCCACCCCAAGGCCAGGAUCAUCGCCGAGGCGGGGCCCAUCGUGAUCGGCGAAGGGAACCUCAUAGAAGAGCAGGCGCUCAUCAUCAACGGGUCAGGACACUCUUUGUGAGCGGGCUGCCUCUGGAUAUCAAGCCUCGGGAACUGUACCUGCUCUUCAGACCCUUUAAGGGAUAUGAAGGGUCUCUCAUAAAGCUCACAUCUAAGCAGCCCGUGGGCUUCGUCAGCUUCGACAGCCGCUCCGAGGCCGAAGCUGCCAAGAACGCCCUGAACGGCAUCCGCUUCGACCCCGAGAUUCCGCAGACGCUCCGGCUGGAGUUUGCCAAGGCCAACACCAAGAUGGCCAAGAGCAAGCUGGUGGGCACGCCGAACCCCAGCACGCCCCUGCCCAGCGCUGUACCUCAGUUCAUCGCCAGGGAGCCCUAUGAGCUCACAGUGCCUGCACUUUACCCCAGUAGCCCUGAAGUGUGGGGGCCGUACCCUCUGUACCCAGCGGAGUUAGCACCUGCUCUACCUCCUCCUGCUUUCACGUAUCCCGCUUCACUGCAUGCCCAGAUGCGCUGGCUCCCUCCCUCCGAGGCUGCUUCUCAGGGCUGGAAGUCCCGUCAGUUCUGCUGAAUGCCGUGUGCCAGGUGUGUGAUGGUGGCCUCCCGUCAGUCUUGUGGGUAUUAACGGAGUCUCCCGAGGUGGCUGCCGGGUUCGGGAGCUCUCCGCAGAGCCGCAGCGCGCUGGCUUGAGAAAACCCUCACGCAGGUUCGGAUUCCUCCAAGACUUUCCCGCAGCCUCUAUCACACAUCUGCUCUCCUAGGAGAAAAUGAAAAGCAUACUUCGUAAUAAUAUUUUCUUCUUUUACACUGUAUAUUUGUAAGAAAGAGCGUGUUACUUCUGAAAGCACCGUUUGACAGGCAUUGCUGUAGCGUUUGAAAAGUAUUUUCAAACAGGAGCAUAGGAAAGCAGACUACAAACGCACCGCGAGAGAGCAGGUAUUUUUGUACGAAACCUCUUAAAUAGGACACUCCGGCGCCGGGCCGGGCCGCGGGUUCUGUGCUUGCCUUGGCGCCGCGUGCGCCGGAGAGGCUCCCGCG